AAUUUGCAUCCAAUCUAUCUUCAUCGCGCUAGCGUAUGUCGUCUGUUCCCGCAGCCCGCACCAUGCCAGUCCGUGGAGCCUAUACGCGCCCUACUUAACAUGUCGUCUUCGCCGAUUUUGAGCAUGCAGUUGCUCCUCUCAUCCUGUUCUGCUCCGCUCCUUGUCCGUAGCUAAGAAGAUGGUAAAAUCGACUAUCCUCGCCUUGGCCUUGGCAAGCACCGGCUUCGCUGCGCCCAAAGCCCGGGCGUCUUGGCCAGGAUGGAACAACGUCAAGCACCUCUUCGUCUUUGGCGACUCGUAUACCCAGACGGGUUUUGAUGUAAAAGGCACCCAGCCCAACCCCUCAAAUGUCCUUGGCAAUCCGCCCUACCCUGGAUGGACAACUUCAAACGGUCCCAACUGGGUCGGUUUCCUCGCCACAACCUACAAUGCUAGCAAAGUGCUGGUAUACAACAUGGCCUAUGGCGGUGCUACCGUCGACUCGGACCUCGUCACCCCGUAUACUCCCACAGUCAUCAGCAUGAAGAACCAAGUACAGACGCAAUUCCUCCCCACCUACGGUUCCCAUCCCAGUUUCGCUCCCUGGACCUCGGACUCGUCGCUCUUCGCCUUCUUCAUCGGCAUUAACGAUGUCGGCAACAGCUGGUGGCUGAACAACGCCACGCUCUGGGACACCAUCUUCUCCGUGUACAAGAAGCAACUCCAGGACGUCUACGCCACCGGAGCCCGCAACUUCCUCUUUCUCAGCGUUCCCCCCGUCAACCUCGCGCCCCUGACGCUCGAGCAAAACGACAAUGGCUACGCAAAGGAGUACGAGGGCAAGGCCAUUCUCGACUGGAACCAGCGAAUCACUAACAUGGUAUCUGCGUUCCAGGCAGAGCACACGGGCAUCACUGCAUUCAUCCAUGACUCUUGGGGCCUGUACAAUAGCGUUAUCCAGAAUCCCAAGAGCUAUGAGCAGACCAAGGACCUCAAAAAUGUCACUGGUUACUGCAACGCAUAUCAGAAUGGAACACCGAAUUGGUAUACAAAGGAUCCUAGCUGCGCAUACCCCGUCAAUGAGUACCUGUGGCUUAACAACUUGCAUCCUACUUUCCCUAUUCAUAAUGCUACGGCCGCGGCAAUUGCUAAGCAGCUGUCCAAGUAA